GCACAACAAUACCGGAAGUGGCCUUCUUAGUUUUGUUGCAAACGCUAAUGGCCCCGGAACGAUAAAGAAGCAGCACUCCGAAGAUGGCCGGAGUGUUUGAGGUGGAGGUUGAUGGUGUAGAGCACGACCAUGGACCGGAGCAUCACGAGGAACCGAUUCAGUUCGAUGUGUCCAAGCUCUCACCAGAGGAGAAGUGGAGGGUGGAGCAUGCAAGAAUGCAUGCCAAACAUAAAGGCCAUGAGGCCAUGCACGCGGAGAUGGUGCUGAUCCUCAUCGUCACCCUGGUCAUCGCUCAGCUAGUCCUCGUGCAGUGGAAACAGAGACACCCAAAGUCAUACAAUCUGGUGACUCUGUUCCAGAUGUGGGUAGUUCCUCUCUACUUUACUACCAAACUUCACUGGUGGAGGUUCCUGACCACGUGGUUUAUCUUCUCUGUCAUCACAGCAUACGUAUCCUACCGUGCCACCCGCAAGCCGCUAGCCUGCACCACACCGAGGUUGGUGUACAAGUGGUUCCUCCUCCUCUACAAGAUCAGCUACGCCACAGGAAUAGUUGGCUACAGUGUCGUCAUGUUUACACUUUUUGGUAUUAACUUAAUAUUCAGGAUAAAGCCAGAGGAUGCGAUGGACUUUGGUGUUUCUCUGCUAUUCUACGGUCUGUACUACGGCGUCCUAGGAAGGGACUUUGCAGAGAUGUGUGCAGACUUCAUGGCUUCAACUGUCGGGUAUUACAGCGCGUCCGGCAUGCCAACCAAGCACCUCUCUGAUAAUAUCUGUGCAGUGUGUGGUCAGCCCAUCCUUGUAGAUGUCAGUGAGGAAGGGAUUAUUGAGAACACGUACAGAUUAUCCUGCAACCAUGUGUUCCAUGAGUUCUGCAUAAGAGGAUGGUGCAUCGUCGGAAAGAAGCAGAUGUGCCCGUACUGCAAAGAGAAAGUGGAUCUGAAGAGGAUGUUUAGCAACCCCUGGGAGAGGCCACAUGUCAUGUAUGGACAACUUUUAGACUGGCUUCGGUACUUGGUGGCCUGGCAGCCCGUUAUUAUUGGAUUUGUGCAAGGUAUCAACUACGCCCUGGGUCUGGAGUGACCUGCAACAGGCAGAAAUGGACAUACACGCCAUACGGAGAAGAUAAUGCACUGGCUCAAAAGACUUGGGGCCUAAUAUUGAACUAAAACAUCAAUAAAAAAAAGUGUCUAUACUUUUUGUAUAUAUUUAUAGGCACAUACUGUAUUCUCUGUAUUCACGGUUUAUUUGACUUUUAUUAGUAAUCUGAAUUUUGAUGUCUGUGUCAAUUUCCCAGGAUUUGCUUCACACAGCGUUAAACCUUAAUAAUUGGUUUGUGCAUCUUAUGGUCUAGUAAAGCGGUUCUUAAAAUCAUUAGAGGUGCUUUUUUUUACUAAAUUAUGUCUUAAAUGUUUGUUAAUACUUAGUUGAAGGAUCAUACUGGAGUUUUCCUCCUCAAGUCUGAUGGCAAUCAGACCUGAUUAAUAAUUAUUGAAUGGAAAUCAUCAUUAUGAUUAAUUUCUCCCAUGCUCCAAAAUACAUGAAUUCUGUAUCCAAAGACUUCCUCUGGAAUCAUCUUAUCGCUGUGUCAUGAUCAUUCUCAUAGUUGUUUGAGCUGCUUUGAUAUUGAAUCCAUAUUUUGAACUGAAGUGGCAUGAGUGAGAGUUUCCUAAGCGCAGUCAGUCAUGCGCCAUGUCAGUUGAGGCAUUGUCAUCAUGGAGAGGGGAAAAAGUGUUGAUCGUAUGUAGAUGAAGGAUUCCUCAUACUGUACUUGUAAAGAUGGAACUUUUAGUGUUGCUGUAUUUCAAAAUGUCUUCAUGAAUAUUCAUCUGUAUUAGCUAACCAGCAAACUAGUCAUGGUUGCUUUGACCUUUACCACUUGCGUAAUGUCUCCCUUCAUUAAGUUUGUAUGAUUUAAAUUAGAAGGAUGUCAAUGUCCACCAGACAUGGUAUUCUGUUUUCACUCACUCAGUUUCCUCUUUUUAAACAUCAGUUAACCCAAAUUACAAAAAGAAAGAUUUUCUCACCUCUAGUUAUAUCCAGAUUUAUAGUUCCCUUAUAUAAUUGUUGAGUGUGUUCUGUUGAUUAUUCAAGGUAACAUGCACACAGUUUUUGGAAAGACACAUUGCUGUUGAAAUAUAUAAAUCUGAUAUUUCAGUGCUGUGCACCCAACUAAUGAAAUUCAAUACUUCUCCAUUGUACUGGAUUGGCAACAGAAAUCUAGAUGGACAUCACAGAGCCUGGCCAAAUAAAACCAAAACUAUCUGUAUGGUUAAAUACCACAAUUGGUAAGUGAGGAAAAAAAAAAAUUGUAAUUUGGGUCAACAGUUCUGAAAUUGGGGCGACCCACUAAGCACAAACCAACCCUAAAAUGCUGGCUAGUAAAUGGACUGAAACCAGUGAAUUUUCAAACUAAAUCUGAUCAGUUGAGGAGAGAAAACAUCCUAGAAUGAACCUUUAACUGUGCGAGAGUGUUGAUGGUCUUAUUUUCAUGUGAUCUGUUCAAUCCGAGGUCCCUUUAUAUGCAGAUUUGCUGGAAGGUGAUGAUUGGUGAUGUUUUGCAGGUACUGGCCACAGUACAUGCCUCACAAUGCCAACUUUCUGAGAGGGACGCAAUCUCUUUACUUGGACCCUCACAUAGUAAAGGGACUGUGUACAUUGAGGCUAACAUGAUCAUUUUGUUUUGUUGUCAAUGUUCUUAUCAAAAUCAGUUAAUAAACGUCAAAGUGGUUUA